AUGCCGCCGCACUGGCAGGACAAGCUCGCGUGCUGCGGAAUUUCGUAUGAGACGGUGAACGAACUGGCGAUGUAUUUCGAGCGCCUCGAAAGGCGCGAGAGGCAGACUGGCCGGGAUCGCCUAAAUGGUCCAGCUACCCAGGGUGGUGAAAAGGGUCAAGGUCGACGCGACCAACAACGCCCUACCGCUGACCAGCGCAGAGAUCGGCGCAACCCUCGCGAGCAUCGCGACACGCGUCAAGAUCAUCGAGACCGACCUGGUGUACAAGGCGGCAAGAAGAAGCAUGACCGUCACCAAGAACACGGCAAGUGGUGUUCAUUCCACAAAUCAAGCUCGCACGAUUCCAGCGAAUGCUUUGCCCUCAAGAAGCAACGCGAAGAGCACAAGCCUGCCGAGACGAAACGAACUGCUCACAAAAAGAGUAACUACCCAAGAUUCGAAGAGGAAGAGGCAAGCGACAGUGACAGCGACAGCGAGCUUAAGCUUGUCGGCCUUGUCAAGAAGAAGCAACCGAGCGCCAAGCUCGCCCCACUCCGGAUCCCGGUACAAUUCAAAGACGCGAGUGGCACCUUCAAUGCCCUGCUAGACAGUGGUGCUUCGCGGAGCAUAAUCAACCAAGAAACUAUGCGAGCCAAUGCUCAGCUUGGGCAUAGACAAGUCGAGUCGGCGACAAAGUUUCAGACGGUCAACGGAGAAGUCGCUAGUGCUGGUAGUACGAUUGUACAGUUCCGCUUUCCGUCUCUCCAGCCUUCGACCAUAAUCACGCACAAGUUCGAAAUUCUGGAUCAGAGCCAGGAUGCCAUGGUGAUCGGUCGUGAUAUCCUGAAUGAACUAGGAAUCGUGCUCAAUUUUAAAGACAAACUGGUUCAGUGGGAUGGUCACGAUACACAUUUAAACACCGGCGGGUCAUCGUCUCCCAACGCAAGUGAUUAUGAAUUCCCCGAAGAGAGCAAAGAAGUCGAUAACACUGCAGUGCGACCAGAAGACCUCAUGCCAGACAGGCUAUCCAAGCCACUCGUCGGCAAAUAUCUCCAGCUUCUUCGCGAUAACGAGCAUCUCUAUGACGGUCACUUGGGGAGGAUGAGAUUCGAAGACUACGCUCUACCAAUAGUGCCGGAGUACAAGCCUGUACACGCAAAACCUUAUCCAGUCCCAAGAAGCCUCGAAAACAAGGCUCGAGAGCUCAUCCAGCAUUUGGUCAGCAUCGACGUGCUGGAGCAGAUUUUUGAUUCAGAAAUGGCAUCGCCUGCUUUUUUUCUCAAGAAGCCCAACGGAUCACUUCGUCUACUGAUAGAUUUUCGCGGACUCAACCGAUAUCUGAAACGCAGCCCUUAUUACGUCCCACAUAUACGCGAGAUCCUGUUGCGUCUCGCAGGAGCCAAGUAUCUGUCAACAUUCGAUGCUAAUAUGGGGUAUUACGCGCGUCGCCUUGCUGCCUCAAGCCGUGGUCACACAGCUUUCUGUCUUCCGUUCGGGAAGUAUCAAUACAAACGACUCCCAAUGGGCAUUUCUACAGCACCGGACGAAUACCAAGCCUGCAUGGAGAAGAUUUUUGGCGAUCUGGCUUUUGUCGUAGUCUAUUUGGAUGAUAUACUCGUCUACUCCGAUAGUGAAGAGACGCACCUAGAGCACCUACACAUUGUGUUCAAGCGACUAACCAAGUAUGGGGUAACUCUCAACGGAAAGAAGUGCCACAUCCUCAGACAGUCCGUCGACUAUCUCGGCUUUACGCUGACAUCUCAAGGGAUCCAGCCCCAACAAAAGAAGAUUCAAGCCAUCCAACAAAUUUCCGUCCCCAAAACCAGGAAGGAACUACGCCGCUUCCUCGGAAUGAUUAAUUACUAUAGAGAUAUGGUACCCAACAAGACGGCAUUGUGCCAACCUCUCAACCGAUUCACCAGCUCCAAAGUCCCGUUCGACUGGUUGUCUAGCGACACGGAAGCAUUUCACGCUAUCCAGAAAGCGUUUGCCCAAGCCGUACUGCUCGCGUUUCCUGACUUUGAGCAACCAUUUCACGUCUACGCCGAUGCCAGCGGAAAGCAAAUCGGUGGCAUCAUUAUGCAGAAGAACCAGAUUCUCGCCUGCUAUUCCCGAAGUCUCAACAAGCAUCAAGUGAAUUACACAACGAUGGAGCUUGAGCUCCUCUCUAUCGUUGAAAUGCUGCGCGAAUACCGCACCAUGCUGCUCGGGUUCCCUGUGGUUGUUCACACCGACCAUAAGAACCUAAUUUAUCCGACCGAAACCAGCCUGCGCGUUAAGCGCUGGAAGCUCCUGUUGGCUGAGUACAGGCUAUCGAUGCAUUACAUCAAGGGAAAAAAGAAUGUUGGUGCUGAUGCGUUUUCCCGGAUGAGAUUCGAUGCGAUGAACACGAAGACUCAUUUGCAGCUCGCGGACGAGAUAUGCGCUACCGCUGAUGAACCAGAUUGUGUCAUGCAUGGUCCGGUUCUUCGCGAACAUCAAGAUAAGGACUUGAUGAUUAAAAAAAUCAAGACAGCUUGCCUCAACGGCAACAACAAUCCUGACUAUCAGCUUCUACCUCUACUCGGCUGCACGCUGGUCGCGUACCAAAAGCGCGUCAUCGUGCCCGAUAGCUUGCGAGAAGAUCUCAUUCGUUGGUAUCAUUUAACGCUCAGUCACCCUGGCGGUGAACGACAGUACAAGACAAUGAGGCAGGUUCUCUACUGGCCCGGAAUGGAAGCCGCGAUCAUCAAGAAUGCGAAAGAUUGUCUAAUUUGCAAGAAGGCAAAAGGUCCACGGAGGCAAGCAGGACUAUGGAUUACUACCACCACGAACACUCAAGACGGUGAACCCCUUUUACACCGUUCAUGUCGAUCUCAUUGGUCCCUACGAAGACGGACACUACGGUAUUACCAUGAUUGA